GAGAUCGAAGGACCAGCGGCGAGAGAGUGUAAAACCCUAGCGGAGCGAGUUUCUCUAAGCAGCCACGAUGCCCUCGAAACAUAAGGACGACAGGAAGAAGAUGAAGAAAAAGGCGCGGUAUGAUAAGUGGAUUAAGCCUUUGGUCGCCGACCAUCCUCCGCCUCAGGCCGGGCUCAAUGCCGGCCAUCCUCCGCCUCAGGCCGCGCUCAAUGCCGGCCAUCCUCCGCCUCAGGUCGCGCUCAAUGCCGACCCUCGUCCGGUUCAGGCCGCGCUCAAUGACGAGCUGCAGCCCCCCCACGACCCGCUUCUGCAUCAGGCCUUGCUGAAUGCCGAUCCGCCUCCGCCGCCUACCGAUCUACGUUGCUUGGGGCGUCUUGUCUCCGAGGAUCACUCGCUCGAUAUUGAGAUUAAGCCUCUUACUAUAUCCAAAGAUGGUGUGGACAUUGUAGCUAACACUCAGAUGGAACUGCGGCAUGGGAGGUGUUACGGCUUGAUAGGACAAGGAUGUGGCAAACAUACUUUACUUAGAGCUCUUGCACAUGAGACGUUUCCCAUUCCAUCCUAUAUGCACGUCUAUCACGCCACCUUUGAUGACCAGUUCCCUAGUUUGUCGGUUAAGGAGUAUAUUAUGUCGUGUGACAAAGAACGAGUUCAGCUGGAAAGAGAGAUUAAAAAUCUGGAGGAUCAGGGUCAUGGUGGUACUAAUGCUGUGGGUUAUCUGUAUAUGCGGUCAGAAGUCUUCGAUUCAACUUCACUAGAAGAACGUGCAACACAUAUACUGUAUGGCUUAGGAUUUCACAGGAAAAUGCAAGCAGAUCUAGUUCAGAAUGUGCCUGUCUACCUUCGUAAGCGACUUCCUUUAGCGAAGGCACUUCUUUUGCAGCCAACAGUUCUUCUGCUUGAGGAACCAACAUCUGGGCUUGAUAUCGAUACCUGGGUGUGGCUUGCACAUGCACUGAAGAAAGUUCAACCAACAUGCAUAACAGUCCUAAUUUCCAAUGAUGAGCAGUUUUUAAGCGAGUUAUGCACUGAUGUGCUCAAUGUGCACAACGGUGGGUUGCAUCAGUUCUAUGGCAAGUACUUCAAGUACUCUCCACCAGCUGAGUUGUCUGUUUCGGAAAAGUCUCCAGCUUUCCACUUCAGGCAUGAGGACUCUAGCCAUUUAGAUUCACCUGUCUUGCAGCUCGAGAAAGCUGGAUGUGGUUAUGGGGAGAACUUUAUUUUCAAGAAUCUUGAUUUUGAUCUCAAGCCUGAUUCCAGAAUCGCAUUUGUUGGUGCAAAUGGCGGAGGGAAGACCACCCUGCUCAAUGUCUUGGCAAAAAAGCUUGGUUUGAUUGGUGGUAAGAUCAGACACGAUCCUGAAUUUCGUGCAGUCCACUUUGGUCAGCAACUUAUUGAUGAACUGGACAUGAAGAUAUCUGCCCUCCAGCAUGUCAACAUUGUAUGUCAAGGUGAUAAUAGGCUCAAGACUGAAAUUGUCGAUUCAUUUUUACCAAUGCACAUGCGUGAUAGACCAAUGAAGGACCUAUCCUAUGCGCAGCAAGUGUCUGUGAUCUUCGCCUGCUUAAUGUUCGAAAGGCCACAUGUUUUGUUGAUUGAUGAGCCAACCCGCCAAUUUGACAAUGAGGCUGUCGACAUACUCUGCAAGGCAUUGAACUCCUUUAAUGGUGGGUAUGUCAUAGCUAGCAGCAACUUAGGACUGAUCAAUCGACUUGCACCAGAAAUUUGGCUUUGUGGCAGUCAGUCAAUAAUGAAGUAUGAUGGAGGGGUAAUGGACUUAACACGACAAAUGCAGGACCGCCUUGGUAAACUGAUUAAGCUCCGAGAUCCAACUAUAAUUAGAGAGGCUUAUCCACAGUUUUCGAUUGCAAAUCAUCCUGAAGUGGCUCUUCCAUUCCUAUGGUAUGACCAGUACGUUGAUAGCUCUGGUGAAAGUUUCAAGCUUGCAUGCAUUCCGUUUGCUGUUUAUGCAAAACAGAGAGCUUUGGUUGCCACUGCCCCAACCAACACCUUGAAGGCCGGGAACCUCACUAUUGAAGGAGAACUUGAUCCAACAAUUCUCCAUCGAAUGGCCACAGAAGCUGGAAAAGAUUUCGCUAGAUCAAUGGUCCAUGGUCUUCGCCAAUCUGAGUCAAUUGGAGAGAGCUUAGGGGACUUCAAUAGUUCCAACAUUUGGGUGACCCCUGAGGGUAGGGUUGUCCUGAAAGGAGUUGAACGCAAGCGAUUUUGUCUUAUUCAAAACAGAAGAAAUUGGUUGUCAGUGUGCGAAAUCAUUGAGAAUAUGUGUGGUGAUGAAGUUCCUGCUAGUGUUGCACACUUGUUAACUAUGAUAAGGAAUGAGCCAAACAUGUCCCCACUUUAUCAUGUACACGCUUCUCUGCGUCCAAUUGGUCAGUGUAUGGCAAUGUUCACGAAAGCGUAUGGGGAGAACUUUAUUUUCAAGAAUCUUGAUUUUGAUCUCAAGCCUGAUUCCAGAAUCGCAUUUGUUGGUGCAAAUGGCGGAGGGAAGACCACCCUGCUCAAUGUCUUGGCAAAAAAGCUUGGUUUGAUUGGUGGUAAGAUCAGACACGAUCCUGAAUUUCGUGCAGUCCACUUUGGUCAGCAACUUAUUGAUGAACUGGACAUGAAGAUAUCUGCCCUCCAGCAUGUCAACAUUGUAUGUCAAGGUGAUAAUAGGCUCAAGACUGAAAUUGUCGAUUCAUUUUUACCAAUGCACAUGCGUGAUAGACCAAUGAAGGACCUAUCCUAUGCGCAGCAAGUGUCUGUGAUCUUCGCCUGCUUAAUGUUCGAAAGGCCACAUGUUUUGUUGAUUGAUGAGCCAACCCGCCAAUUUGACAAUGAGGCUGUCGACAUACUCUGCAAGGCAUUGAACUCCUUUAAUGGUGGGUAUGUCAUAGCUAGCAGCAACUUAGGACUGAUCAAUCGACUUGCACCAGAAAUUUGGCUUUGUGGCAGUCAGUCAAUAAUGAAGUAUGAUGGAGGGGUAAUGGACUUAACACGACAAAUGCAGGACCGCCUUGGUAAACUGAUUAAGCUCCGAGAUCCAACUAUAAUUAGAGAGGCUUAUCCACAGUUUUCGAUUGCAAAUCAUCCUGAAGUGGCUCUUCCAUUCCUAUGGUAUGACCAGUACGUUGAUAGCUCUGGUGAAAGUUUCAAGCUUGCAUGCAUUCCGUUUGCUGUUUAUGCAAAACAGAGAGCUUUGGUUGCCACUGCCCCAACCAACACCUUGAAGGCCGGGAACCUCACUAUUGAAGGAGAACUUGAUCCAACAAUUCUCCAUCGAAUGGCCACAGAAGCUGGAAAAGAUUUCGCUAGAUCAAUGGUCCAUGGUCUUCGCCAAUCUGAGUCAAUUGGAGAGAGCUUAGGGGACUUCAAUAGUUCCAACAUUUGGGUGACCCCUGAGGGUAGGGUUGUCCUGAAAGGAGUUGAACGCAAGCGAUUUUGUCUUAUUCAAAACAGAAGAAAUUGGUUGUCAGUGUGCGAAAUCAUUGAGAAUAUGUGUGGUGAUGAAGUUCCUGCUAGUGUUGCACACUUGUUAACUAUGAUAAGGAAUGAGCCAAACAUGUCCCCACUUUAUCAUGUACACGCUUCUCUGCGUCCAAUUGGUCAGUGUAUGGCAAUGUUCACGAAAGCGUAUGAAGAGGUUACACAAGUUAUAACUAACAAUGCAGUUAGAAGAAGAAUCUACGAGGCAAUACCUUACUGUCUCAACAAAGAGUGGCGCACUAUGGUGAUAUCAAAUGAAAUCCUAAAGAAAACAUAUGAUUUCAAGGGUGGCAGAAAUUACAAAGUGGCUACACCAAGCCUGCUGCCAAACGAACAGACCCUAACAGCUAGACAGUUGCAGAUCAUGCGAUGGAAGGAAGCAAGAUGCUUCUUGGACUUUUUGAGAAAUAGAAUAAGCCAUCGCAUGGACUACCUUGCCUACCUGCAGAUGAAAUAUACUGCUUUGGGUGCAGACCUUGCCCAUGAUGCACGCUUUGGGCUGGUUAACUGUGUCCUGCAGAGGGAGCUGUUCAUAAUCAAGGGAUUAAUAAUAUAAAUCCGCACAAGUUUCUGUAAGUUUGCAGAUAACUUCUGGGGGCUCCAUUACCUUCCGGGAUACCCAGAGCUCCGUCAAGCUGACAAGCUGUCUCUGAGAGCACCAAGGCUGUCCACAGGCUGACCUCACCUUAGGCUUUAUAUGCAUUUCUGAUCCCUAGUUGGUUGUUUGGGGUGUGUUCUGACUAAUUGUGAGAAGAGCACUAUUAUUGCGUCCUUCAUGUAAGAACUGUUCUAAUUGAGAAGAGCACUGUUAUUGCGACCUGGAGAAAUUGCAACGUUUUGACCUGGAGUAAUUGCUGUUUCAGUGUUAUACAGUUGCCUGUUUGUGAUUUCAA